CGUAGGACGAGAGAGGGGCGGAGACGUAUUAGCUGAAGGACCGCCCCCAGCUCUCUUUCCUCCGCACAUUUGCUCCGAAUAUUGUGACGUCACGGCUUUCUUUAAAAAGAACAGAGAAAACAAACGGCAUUGAGAAAAAUAGAUGAUCUCCGAUCUUAUUAAAAGCAAUAGCUGAAACCCGCAGUUAGAUCGAGCUAUAGAAACAAACGCCAAGAACUACAGACAGAAGCCUCCUCAGCAAACAUGGUGUCCCCGGUGACUGUGGUGAAGAGUGAAGGUCCUAAACUAGUGCCCUUUUUCAAAGCCACCUGUGUCUACUUUGUCCUCUGGUUGCCAACCUCCAGCCCUUCCUGGUUCAGUGCCCUGAUCAAGUGUUUGCCAAUCUUCUGCUUAUGGGUCUUCCUGCUGGCACAUGGGAUCAAUUUCCUGACAGCCCAUCACAACGCCUGUAGGAUCUUUGCUGGUUUGAUAUUCUCCGCCAUGGGAGAUGCCUUCCUCAUCUGGCAAGAGCAAGGCUACUUUAUUCACGGCUUGUUGAUGUUCGGCAUUACACACAUCCUGUAUUCUUCAGCAUUUGGAAUUAAACCUUGGGACCUGAAAGUUGGCCUUGGGAUUGGCUUAGUGUCCAGUUUCUGCUACACCUUCCUGUAUUCCUACCUCUCAGGCCCAUUUACCUACUUGGUAGCUGUCUACGUUGCCUUGAUUGGCUUCAUGGGCUGGCGGGCUAUGGCUGGUGUGCAGCUCUGCAAUGACCUUUGGACUUGGACCAAGCUUUCUGCUUGCAUCGGUUCUGUGCUUUUCAUGGUGUCUGACCUGACUAUUGCUGUCAACAAGUUCUGCUUUCCUGUCCCCUACUCACGGGUCAUCAUCAUGGCCACUUACUAUGCGGCUCAGAUGCUCAUUGCGCUUUCUGCAGUGGAGAGCAAGGAUGAAGAAGUUUUCAAAAAGAGGAAAUAGAUGGCAGAUUCACAAACUCUGUUGGAGAUGCUAUAGCUGCAUUCAUCCUGGAGGAUCUUUCAGAAUCAGUGACUGCAAGUCUUGCUUCUUUGAAGCAUUUCCUUUAUAGUAUUUAGAUGGUUUUCUCUAGUCCUGCUGGUUGGAGUAUGGAACUCACAGUGGAAGUUUAGAUUGUUUCUAGAGUAUUUACUUCCUGACCCUUGGAAACCUCUCUAGCACAUCAUAAUAUUUGUAUAAUGCAGAAACUGGUGCUGAACAUUCCAGUGGGACAAAGCUCAUUUCAGGACAAUAUUACCAUUAAAUAGGAUAGGCAGUACACUGGAAUUUAAGAGCUUUGUCUUCAACAUGGAACGCGCAAAAUCACAUGAAAAAGAGUCUCAGUGCUGCAUAAGCCUCGGUAUUGCAUACAUUACAAUAGAACUGUGAAUCAUUGUGAGUCUACACAAGAAAUCCUUGGGACCUGAAAAGUACCACAGGAUGUAGGAGCACUCAUGGGAAUCACCAUGGGUAAUGUAGUUCAUGCUGUCCUUGGGAGAAAACAGUUCAAAUUCCAGAUUCCUGAAAUCAUUUAUUUAUAGGCCAUGUAUAGCCUUUUUUUUUUUUGGUGAAUGUGAAUCCUGCAGAGCAUCUUUUUUUCUGCAGACUUUAAAAGCAACAACAAAAUGCAAUGAUCUUCUCAGGCUAGUUGAGGUUGGAGGCAGGGAAAAUGUGGGGGGGGGAAAGGGUUUUAACAAUAAAACAUGUCAUUCUGUGCAGUGAAUCCGCUCUUCCAAGGGAAAACUUCCAGCGUAUUAGUGCUGAAACACUAAGAAGGACACCUGGGUGUUUUAAGUCGCCAGCUGCUUUGAGGACAUAAUUGAUUGGCCAAGGAAAUCAGCUUCUUGUACAAGAUUCUCAGCCUCUUUUCCUCUCCACAAUCAGUGCCAGGGUGUCUUGGAAGAGAAUGCAUACCCAGGGUCUGGUCAUGAUGAAGAAUGACUGUGUAAUGGAUGCCUAAGGUACAUUUGCAAUUCACCCUUCAACUAUGAACUUGGUGGAUAUUCAUGGAGUGUUAUUUAUUUAAAGUGAAGCCAGUGGCUUCUGGGCAUCUGCUUGUGCAUCUGCUCUUGCCUUUCUGUAGACAUAUACAACAGUAUUUCCCCACCACGUCCAGCCAGAGCUAUAGACUUUGCAGGUGCCUUCAUGUCUA